AUGGCGGGGGACAUGUGGAGGACGAGGCAGCCCGUUCGCUCCAAGUCGGCCAGCGUCAAGAAUCUCCUUUCGCGCGUCACAUCCAAGACCGACGUGCCUACCACAGACGGCAACAACGGCACCGGCAACGGCAACAGCAGUGACACUAGCCCGCCCAGCACUGCCAUUUCCUCCAACUCGCAGCCCUCGCAAUCCGUAACAUCACCUUCGGGACACAGUCGCAGUCUGUCCAAGAAGCAAAAUCCACACCUCUCGACCAGCAUGUCCAACGCAGGCGCCGGGCAAGAGAGUCUGAGUCCCUCGGCCUCGAGCUUCCAGCAGUCGCCAAGCUCGCCCACCAAGUCGACCUCGAUAGAGCAGUCCGUGAAGCUGUUCAGGGUAUUCGAGUCGCUUAGGAAUGGAGACACAGCAGCUAUAUCGAGAGCCAUAAGGGACCAGGCCGGGUCAACAGAGGGCGAAGAUAGCAGAUCGUCGCUGCAGCUACCCAGCGCACGCACAGAAGGCACAUCGAUCCUGCACCUGGCCAUACAAUGUGCCGAGGUGCCCGUCAUUGAGUUUGUGCUAUCAAACGCAACGGCAACACCAGACUCGCCCAUCGACAUCAAUGGCCGCGACCGCGAUGGCAAUACCCCACUCCACCUCGCAGCCACCCUGGGCAGAACUCCAGUCGUCCGAAUGCUGCUCGAUCAGCCUGGCAUCAACGAUUCAGUCACCAAUUACAAUGGUCAGACACCAUUGGAUCUCGCUCGCACACCAGACAUCUUCCAGCAACUGCAGCUCUCGCGAUCCAUAUUCAUCGACACCCACGUAAAGAAGAUACAACACAUGGUGACCACGGGAGACAUGGACUCGUUGGAGAAGAUACUGCAAGAUGCUAGGAUAAAGAGCACCCUAGACGUCAACGGUGGAGAGCUGGCGACUGACCCGGUCGUGGUAGAUGCAGGCGGUACACUUCUGCACGAGGCUGCUAAGAAGAAGGAUGUCAAGCUGGCGCAACUGCUAUUGCUUAACGGAGCUGAUCCUUUCCGCCGAGACCGAAAGGGCAAGCUUCCUCAAGACUACACCAAAGACGACCGUACGCGCGCUAUUCUAAAGCGAUCGCCUGCUGCCGCAGCAGCUCAGAGGGGCAUCCAAGAAAAGACAAUCCUCGCGGGUGGUCCUCCAGGACAAACUGCAACCGAAAGUGGCAUGGGCGCGAAAGAGUCGCGCGAGAUGAAGGGCUACCUUAAGAAGUGGACAAACUACAGAACUGGAUACAAGUUGCGAUGGUUCGUGCUCGAGGACGGCGUGCUCAGCUACUACAAGCACCAGGACGAUACUGGAUCUGCAUGCCGAGGUGCCAUCAACAUGAGGAUUGCGAAAUUGUACAUGGACCCCCAAGAUAAGCAGCGGUUUGAAAUUCAGGGAAAGUCUUCAGUCAAGUACCAUCUCAAGGCGAACCACGAGGUUGAAGCCAAGCGAUGGUACUGGGCUCUGAACAACGCGAUUCAAUGGGCCAAGGACGAAGCACGAGAGGAAGAGAAGCGGGCCACUCAGGAUCAGGAGAUGUUGAAGCAAGCUAAGAUUGAGCAGAUCAAGGGCGAGGGCGACACAUCUAGUGUCGGUAGCUCCAAGUUGGCAGCAAGCUCGCGAAACAUGGCUGCUUCAUCCACUCUCGGAGUCCCGAUGCCUAGCCUCGACAACACAUCCUCGCGAACUGCGGUUAGUGUGACUGAAGAUCCCGGGAGUAUUUACGAGCCUAGCAUGAACGGUCACGGUCUAGACAGAAUGACCAGCCACAUGGGUACCGCUACUGUAGCCGGCGACGAUGAAGACGAGGACGACUACGGCGACGAUACAAGCAGCCAUGAAAUGAAGCCCCAAAGUAAAGACGCAUUCAAUAUCACAGCACAAUCGGCCAAGUUGCAGCUUGAUCUGUUGACAUCCGUUUCAGGGGCGUUACAGGCGGAGAUGAGUCGUUCACCCGACCUCAAAAUUUCCGAUCCUAUGAUGCUCCAAGCAUUCACAUCUUACGAGUCUGCUAUCGGAAACCUGAAAGGGCUGAUUGGCGAUCUGCUUCGGAUAUCAAGGGAUCGUGACGCUUAUUGGCAAUACCGCUUGGAUCGCGAGGCUAACGUCAGACGCAUGUGGGAAGAAAGCAUGGCCAAGGUUGCAAAGGAGCAGGAAGAGCUCGAGAACAGGAUAGGCGAGUCUGAGGAGAAGCGGCGAAAGCAGAAGAAGGCCCUACGAGAAGCGUUGGAGGACUACGAGACAACUGAAGCCAAACCUGAUGCCAAGGAUGAAGAAGACAAUUUCGCUGACGCACCAGAAGACGCUCAGCAACAAAAAGAGCUGGGAUCGGGUGUAGGACUUCCAGUUAAGAAUCAGAAAGUUAGGAGAAAGGCUACGUUCGCCGACAUCGCUGCCGACAUAUCAGACUCUGAAUCAGAAGAUGACGAGGAGUUCUUCGACGCUGUUGGUGCUGGAGAGGUUGAGGUUGUAGAAAUGCCUGCGGCUGCUCCCAAGGAGACUGCACAAGUCGACGUACCAGCCUCCUCAGAUGAUCCGUUCGAGAAGAAGCACAUGGAGAUCGCCACAGCUUGGGCAGGCUACGAAGAUGGCCCGCGGAAGAGGCUUGCCAUGGACGCAGACGACAGGCCUAAGAUCUCGCUUUGGGGCAUUCUCAAAUCUAUGAUUGGCAAGGACAUGACUAAGAUGACAUUGCCAGUGUCAUUCAACGAGCCCACUUCACUGCUUCAACGUGUUGCGGAAGAUAUGGAAUACACUGAUCUCCUUGACACCGCUGCUGAACGCGACGACUCUACCGAGCGAAUACUCUAUGUUGGUGCAUUUGCUGCAUCAGAGUAUGCUUCGACCAUUGGACGUGUUGCAAAGCCUUUCAAUCCUCUUCUCGCUGAGACGUAUGAGUAUGCCAGGCCAGACAAGGGCUACCGUUUCUUCAUUGAGCAGGUCAGCCAUCACCCACCGAUCGGUGCUGCUUAUGCGGAAUCCAAAAAGUGGGAUUACUAUGGUGAAUCUGCAGUGAAGUCCAAAUUCUAUGGCAAAUCUUUCGACAUCAAUCCGCUCGGAACUUGGUUCCUUCGUCUUCGGCCAACCGUCAAUGGUGGAAAAGAAGAGCUGUACACCUGGAAGAAGGUUACGUCCUCCGUCAUUGGCAUUAUAACUGGUAACCCCGUUGUCGACAACUACGGUACCAUGGAGAUUACAAACCAUACGACGGGAGAGAAAUGUCUUAUUGAGUUCAAGCCGCGCGGUUGGAAGGCUUCGUCAGCCUACCAAGUCGUUGGAAAAGUCUUUGACGCGCAGAACCGCGUCCGCUGGAGUAUUGGCGGUCGAUGGAACGACAAGAUUUACGCCCGCUUCACCCCAGGCUUCGAGGAUGUGGAUGUUGAGAAGAGCGGAAAGAGUUCAAAACACGACGACAACAAGGCUUUCCUUGUCUGGCAAGCUCACGAGCGCCCAACAGGUAUACCUUUCAACCUUACUCCUUUCGUCGUGACCCUUAACGACAUUCCCGACAAGCUUCGCCCUGUUGUUGCCCCAACAGACACGCGUCUCCGCCCCGAUCAACGCGCCAUGGAAGACGGAGAGUACGAUUUUGCGGCAACGGAGAAGAACAGGGUAGAAGAAAAGCAGCGAGCAACCCGCAGACAGCGAGAAGCUGAAGGCAAAGAAUUCGUACCCAGGUGGUUCAGCAAGGGCAGGUGUGAAACGACUGGUGAGGAAUACUGGGUUUUCAACCAUGAGUACUGGCAAGUGAGGAACCGUGUUGCCAAAGGAGAGAUCACAUGGGCAGAAGCAGGCACGGAAGACAUUUUCUAGAAGUUGUGUUGAUGAUCUCAAAUGCCCACUAGUUGGAUAGUCGCGGGUGCUUAAUGUACAUGAUUCUAAAUUCUCUUCAAGAAAGCUUGACUGAGCAGGAAAUUCGUCAUCUGCCUAGCUCACCUGUACUCUCUCUAUAAACCCUUCAUACAUCCAACUCAACAUAAAG